UUUUAUAGGGACACUGGAAGUCCUCUCUCACUAGUGAUUGGCAGUCUCUGCAUUAAGCAUCCUAAUUUAUUUGGUGGAAGUGAGAAGCUCGAUGUAUCGUGGGAUAAAGGGCUGUAUGAUUCAAAUGUGUUGGUGGCUUAUAGAAGGCCCCGGCCUGAAUGGCUUGCGCAGCAAUGUUUUGUCCUUCAGCAUUCUUUCUCACCUGAGAUUGGAGUCCAUGGUGUUCCUGUUGAUAAUUUCUCCCGUUCAGGGAGUGGAGGUGUGAAUUUGUCUAGAUUAUCAAUGGGGUUGGAUUUGAGUGAACCAGCAAGUUCCAAGUGGAGUAGCACAACUAGUAUAAAAUUUGAGCAUGUUUGUCCCGUAAGUGAUGAUGGACGCCCUAUCACUAGAGAUCUUGAUGGGUUUCCCAUUACCUGCAGUGGCAAUUCACAUGACAGCAUGGUAGUUUUAAAGCAAGAGUCUCGAUUUGCAAAGGCAAAUGAUCACAGUUUCUCUCGUUUCAGUAUGCAAAUAGAGCAAGGUAUUCCCGUUCUGUCUAAGUGGCUAAUCUUCAACCGGUUCAAAUUUGUUGCAUCAAAGGGUGUCAAAUUGGGGCCCGCAUUUUUGUUGACAAGCCUGACAGGUGGUUCCAUUGUAGGAGAUAUGGCUCCUUACCAAGCAUUUGCAAUUGGGGGUCUAGGCAGUGUGCGGGGUUAUGGCGACGGAGCUGUUGGAUGUGGAAGAUCAUGUCUAGUUGCUAACACUGAAUUGACAAUUCCUUUGAAUAAGAUGAUGGAAGGUGCUGUUUUCUUGGACUGUGGCACUGACUUGGGCUCUGGUCGUCUUGUACCCGGAAAUCCCGGCACUGAGCAUGGCAAACCAGGUUCCGGAGCUGGCUUUGGAUAUGGCUUUCGAUUUAAGUCACCAAUUUGGUCACUUUCAGUCGAUUAUGUCAUUAAUGGAUUUCAACAA